GAGCUCGCGGUCAAUCGGACGCGCGCGCGACCAGGUAGACCAUGGCGCGCCGCUACGACCGGAACGUGACGACCUUCUCGCCCGAGGGGCGGCUGCACCAGGUCGAGUACGCCGUCGAGGCGAUCAACAACGCGGGCACGGCCGUGGGCCUGCUGGCGACGGACGGCGUCGUCAUGGCCGGCGAGAAGCAGAAGGUGACGAAGCUCCUCGAGCCGCCGAAGAGCAGCGAGAAGAUCUACAAGCUCGACGACCACGUCGCGUGCGUCGUCGCGGGGCUGACGGCCGACGCGAACAUCCUCAUCAACGAGGCGCGCGUCGCGAGCCAGCGCUACACCUACCAGUACGGCGAGGCCAUCCCCGUGGAGCAGCUCGUGGAGAAGGUCUGCAACCACAAGCAGCUCUACACGCAGUACGGCGGCCAGCGGCCCUUCGGCGUGAAAUUCCUCUUCGCGGGCUACGACGACCACUUCGGCUACCAGCUCUACCUCAGCGACCCGAGCGGCAACUACAGCGGCUGGAAGGCGACGUGCAUGGGCCAGAACGCCAACUCGGGCCAGUCCCUGUUGAAAAACGAGUACGACGAGACCAUGGACGCCGCCGCGUGCGUCAAGCUGAGCCUCAAGGUCCUCAACAAGACCAUGGAGUCCCUCAGCGCCGAGUCCAUCGACCUCUUCGCCCUGAAGCGCAAGGACGACGGCUCCCUCGUCCACACGGUCUACCCCCACGACGUCGUCACCAAGCUCCUCGACGAGGUCAAGGCCGAGCAGGAGGCCGCGGACGCCGAGAAGGAGAAGCUCGCCGUGUCGUCCUAGGGGGCGGAGGAGGGCCCGUUCGCCUAUAAAGGACCGCCUUCUCUCGG